AUGAGGAUGAAGGGUGCAGUGCUAAUAGCGGCUGUUGUAUUUGCAGUGUGGGGGUAUGCGGCGGCGAAAGAUUGUACAAACGUUCAUGGCUCUCACACCGAACGAUACUUCAUGCAAAUAUCAAAGAAUGAUUCGUGGAGGGAUGAAAUGGCUGCAAACCACCACCAAACACAUCAUGUCACCCCUACGGACGAAUCCGCUUGGCGGAAUCUGCUUCCCAAGGCCAGAAAAACACUGAAAGAUCCUUCCCAGUACGAGUGGGAAGCCAUAUACAGAAGACUCAAGAAGCAGAGUGACUUUUCGCCUCCCCAGGGUUUUCUCAAACCAGUAUCUCUCCACGAUGUCAGAUUGCAUGCCCAUUCACUUCAUCAUUCUGCUCAGGACACUAAUCUCCAAUAUCUUUUGAUGCUCGACGUGGACCGACUGGUUUGGAGCUUUAGGAAAACUGCCGGCUUGCCCACUCCUGGACAGCCUUAUGCAGGCUGGGAGGCCCCGAAUAUAGAGCUUCGGGGUCAUUUUGUUGGUCAUUAUUUGAGUGCAUCUGCCCAAAUGUGGGCCAGCACUCACAACGAAGCUCUGAGAGAUCAGAUGUUAGCGGUUGUGGGCAAUCUGUCUCUGUGUCAGAAGAAAAUAAACACCGGAUAUCUCUCUGCAUUUCCAGUCGAGUUCUUUGAUCGUCUUGAGAAUGGGAAAUAUGUGUGGGCUCCUUAUUACACCAUUCACAAGAUCAUGGCGGGGCUGGUGGAUCAAUACACAUUCGCAGAGAAUGAUGAAGCGCUGAAGAUGGCGACUUGGAUGGCCGAUUACUUCUACAACCGCAUCACCAAUUAUGUUGGCAACCACACUCUGCCAAGCUUUUAUAAUCUGCUGAAUGAAGAAUUUGGUGGGAUGAAUGAUCUGCUUUACAGGUUAUACAACAUCACGGGGAAUUCCAAGUAUCAGACCUUGGCCCACUUGUUUGAUAAGCCUUGCUUCAUGGGCUUACUAGCAACCCAGUCUGGAGAUAUAACGGACCUUCAUUCAAAUACUCAUAUCCCAAUCGUUGUUGGAGCUCAAAUGCGGUAUGAAUAUGUGGGCGACCCGCUUUAUCAGGAAAUAGCAACGUACUUUUUGGAUCUUGUCAAUUCUUCACACAGCUAUGCAACUGGAGGAACUUCCGUGUCUGAGCAUUGGAAAUUGCCGAAUAGAAUGGCCGAGGUUCUUGGCACCGAAAAUGAAGAAUCGUGCACGUCUUACAACAUGUUGAAGGUAGCUCGCAAUCUAUAUAGAUGGACAAAAGACGUUUCGUAUGCGGACUAUUACGAGCGCCAAUUGACAAAUGGAGUGCUGAGCAUACAAAGAGGAACAGAUCCUGGAGUUAUGAUCUAUUUUCUCCCACAAGGUCGUGGUGUUUCCAAGGCCCACUCUGUUAAUGGCUGGGGCACUCAGUUUGACUCCUUCUGGUGCUGCUAUGGCACCGGAAGUGAAUCUUUCUCCAAAUUGGGAGACUCUAUUUAUUUUGAAGAAGCAGCCAAAUCUCCUACUCUUUACGUCGCUCAGUACAUCUCCAGCACUUUCAACUGGAAUGCUGCCAACGUGGCACUCAAUCAGACUCUUACUCCUUAUUCUUCACUGCAUCCUUUCUUGCGCGUCACCUUCACAUUUUCUCCCCUUCAGGGACAAGCCCUGUCUUCUACAUUAAACCUCCGUAUACCGACAUGGACCCAUGUGGAUGGCUUUAAUGCCUUGCUUAAUGGCAAGCCUUUGAACCAGCAAGUUAAAGGAGGGUCAUAUUUGUCGGUGACAAGAAAGUGGAGCGCUGGCGACAGUCUCACCCUUAGCUUGCCCAUCACUCUAAGAUCGGAACACAUCAAAGACAACGGCCCACAAUAUAAUUCCGUUCGUGCGAUUCUUUAUGGUCCGUUCCUGCUUGUGGGUCACACCAUUCUGGAUCAAUGGGAUCUCAAAGUUGGGCCGCAUAAGGAACCAGCGGAUUACAUGACCGCAAUCCCAGCAAUUAACAACAGUCACCUGUUCACGUUCGCUCAAGACUUGGGCAAAUCAUCGCGUUUCGUGUUGACAAACCUGAACCAGGGAGCGAACGUGUCAUUGACAAUGGAGAAAAUAGCCGAAGCAGGCACCAUUAAUGCCACCCAAUCGACCUAUAGACUGGUGUUGCUAGAAAAAGGCCCAUUUGCGAGUCUCGGCGAUGUCAUGAACAAACGCGUCCUGAUCGAACCGGUUCAUCUUCCUGGGCAGAGCUUGAUGCAUCAAGGACCAGGAAAGUUUUUUGUGAUUGUGGGCUCCUCUACGGGUCAGGAGUCUUCAGAGUUCAGAGUGGUUCCUGGAUUGGACGGACGAAAUGGCACUGUAUCCAUCGAGUCCGUGAACAACAAAGGUUGCUAUUUGUACAGUGGUGUCGACUAUAAUGAAGGUCAAGACGUGAGCCUGAAAUGCAGCAACUCUGCUUCAUUCAACCAGGCUGCGGCCUCUUUCGACGCCAUUAAGGGCCUGAAGGAGUACCAUCCCAUUAGCUUUAUUGCUAAUGGGUUCAACAGGAAUUAUCUCAUGGAGCCCAUUCACUCCUUUAGAGAUGAAGUUUACACCUCCUAUCUCAAUAUUUAUCCUUGA